UCGCUCCACCUCUGCCUCCGCUCUGCUGGAAAAACCAGGAGAGGAAGAUGAACUCGCGUGAAUAUUGCCUGUUAGUUGGCAGGUUAAAAAAAUUCUUAUUUUUGUAAAUAAGUUACAACCUGUUUACUUUAUUUUGUAUCCUUAUACAAAAAACGUAGCCAUCCAUACGGCAUAUGGUAACCACAAAAGACAUCGUGUGGGCGUAGUGUGCUCCCCCUCCCUUCUCAUCCAGUUUCCUGUCCAGCCACAUUCCAUUCCAGGGGAAGGGAAACCAGAGGGGAAGAUAACAGCGGGUUCAGGCCUGUGUCUUGACAGGAAUGAGCUAGAGCAGCGAGAGGCUGUGGCAGCCUCCGCAGCAGCUGUCACCACGGCGGGGGACCUGCGGACCUCCGUCUGCAGGGUGGUCAUCUACCUCCAAAGGGACAUGUCCGGGGACAGCUGCCUGCACCGGCUGCACGCCCAGGCCAGCUCCACCUCCUCGGCCCCGCCUCUGGCCUGUCCCAAGACCAAGACCUGCAGUUACAGAGGAGCAGCGGGCCUGGGGAACAAGUAUGUUCGGCUCAACGUGGGGGGAACCCUGUUCUACACCACUCUGCAAGUGCUCACCAGGCAGAACUCCAUGCUGAAAGCCAUGUUCAGUGGAAAGAAAGAGGUGUUCACUGACAGAGAAGGCUGGAUCCUUAUCGACCGUAGUGGAAAGCACUUUGGCACCAUCCUAGGAUACCUGCGGGAGGGCACCGUCACUUUGCCCAAAGGCCGCCAGGCAGUGUUGGAGCUGCUGGCUGAGGCCAAGUAUUACGUCAUCCAAGGCCUGGUGGAGCUCUGCCAAAACAGCCUGCAGGAGGACAAGGAGCAGGCGCUGUGUGUCAUACCUGUGGUCACCUCCAUCAAGGAAGAGGAGCGGCUCAUCCAGGCUUGUUCCAAGCCUGUGGUGAAGCUAGUGUACAACAGAAGCAACAACAAGUACUCUUAUACCAGCAACUCGGACGACAACCUGCUCAAGAACAUCGAGCUGUUCGACAGGCUGUCUCUGAGCUACAACGGCCGUGUGCUGUUCAUCAAAGACGUGAUUGGAGACGAGAUCUGCUGCUGGUCGUUUUACGGCCAGGGCCGAAAGCUGGCCGAGGUCUGCUGCACCUCCAUCGUCUAUGCCACAGAGAAGAAGCAGACCAAGGUGGAGUUUCCCGAGGCUCGCAUCUACGAGGAGACUCUGAACGCUCUGCUCUACGAGACCAUGCCGGCCCCCGACAACUCCCUGCUGGAGGCCACGCGCCGAAGCCACGCCCACUGUGGCUCCCACAGUGAGGAGGAGGAGGGGCCAGGAGGCGCGGGGGCGGAGCUUCGCGAACGUGUCCGUCGAAUCCACGUCAAGCGGUACAGCACCUACGACGACCGGCCGCUGGGACACUGAGGCUGGAGCGGACUGCCACGGACUCUGAUGAACAGCCUCCCCGGCACAAAACGGGAGACAGAUCUGCAGCUUUUCAUAAACUCCACUUCACUCAUGAACUGAUGACUAUAAGUCUCUUGAUGCUCAUAAUUUUCUCUGUUGAAUUUGACUUUUUUUAUACUCUUACUCAGUCACUCUCACACUACGUGACCUCUAUUAUCUUAAAAGUACAAACUGUGGCCUUUGUGUAAUUGCUUCUGACAUAUUACUCAGUGGUUGUGGUGUUGUCUGCAUUGUGCUCAUCAUAAUUUAUGAAUUCAUGUCAGAAGAUUUCAAAUGGCUACUUGAGAUCCGUAGAGAACCGUGCACUCUGUAGUAAACAUAGACUAGUGCUGGAGGAAAAGUCACUAAUACGCUUUCUGUAUCUUAGAAAUGUGAAACUGUAGGCAGUCGAUACAAUCAUAGCACUUAACCACCGAUUCAAUCAGCAGAGCAGGAGAGCAUGUUUUUAUAUUUAUAGUUUUGGAUUUUAUUUUUCAUAUAACCUAAUUACAGCAGGUCAGUAUGAUUUGCCAAAGAUGAACCAUGAAUCAGAUGGAUACUGUUGUGUUAUUUGCACCAGGUUUUCAGCAAGUUGUUUUUUUUUUCCCCUCUGAAUCAAAGUGUGCCUCUAACCUGUUUUUAAUGCAGUUUUACCUUAAUGCCUUUUUUCCUGUCUUGAAUAUAAAAGUUUCAAGUUA